GGCCAGCUGCUGUGGGCGUAUUCUAUUCGUUCUUUUUGGAAAAGUCGCGUGGGCUAAGGCAGUGUUUUGGGAGUAGUGAUUGAUUCAUUCAGUGAGAAUAGCGACUUUUAGAGCUGAUUCAGAAUGGACUCCUCUUUGAGUGCAGCUCAAAUCCGUGAGAAGUUCAUUGACUUCUUCCGUCGCUAUGAACACCAGUACGUCCACUCGUCAGCCACCAUUCCACUGGAUGACCCCACCCUGCUUUUCGCCAAUGCUGGCAUGAACCAGUUCAAACCCAUCUUCCUCAACACCAUUGAUCCGUCCCACCCUAUGGCCAGGCUGCGUCGUGCUGCCAACACUCAGAAGUGUAUCCGUGCAGGAGGUAAACACAAUGACCUGGACGAUGUGGGUAAAGACGUCUACCACCACACCUUUUUCGAGAUGCUGGGCUCCUGGUCCUUUGGGGACUACUUUAAGCACCUGGCCUGCAAAAUGGCCCUGGAGCUGCUGACCCAGGAGUUUGGUAUUCCCAUAGACCGUCUGUAUGUAACAUACUUUGGGGGUGAUGAUGAAGCAGGUCUGGAGCCCGACCUGGAGUGUAAACAGAUUUGGAUCGACUUAGGGGUGGAGGACGUUCGCAUCCUGCCAGGCAGCAUGAAGGAUAACUUCUGGGAGAUGGGUGACACUGGUCCUUGUGGCCCUUGCAGUGAGAUUCAUUAUGACCGCAUUGGAGGAAGAGACGCAUCUCACCUAGUGAACAUGGAUGAUCCCAACGUCCUGGAGAUCUGGAACCUGGUGUUCAUCCAGUUCAAUAGAGAAUCAGAGACGGUGCUGAACCCGCUGCCUAAGAAGAGCAUUGACACAGGGAUGGGUCUGGAGCGGCUGGUGUCUGUACUGCAGAACAAGAUGUCCAACUAUGACACUGACCUCUUCAUCCCAUACUUCGAAGCAAUUCAGAAGGGUACAGGUGCUCGACCUUACACCGGUAAAGUAGGUGCUGAGGAUGCUGACGGCAUUGACAUGGCCUACCGCGUGCUGGCUGAUCAUGCCCGCACCAUCACCAUCGCCUUAUCAGACGGCGGCCGGCCUGACAACACGGGGAGAGGCUACGUGUUGAGGAGGAUCUUGCGUCGUGCAGUCCGUUAUUCCCAUGAGAAGCUGGGAGCUCACAGAGGCUUUUUUGCCACUCUGGUGGAUGUGGUGGUUAAUUCCCUGGGUGAUGCUUUCCCGGAGUUGAAGAAAGACCCAGAAAUGGUGAAGGACGUUAUUAAUGAGGAGGAAGCACAGUUUCUCAAAACCCUCAGCAGGGGACGGCGUAUUCUUGAUAGAAAGAUUAUGAGUUUGGGAGACAGCAAGACCAUCCCAGGUGACACAGCAUGGCUGUUGUAUGACACAUAUGGCUUCCCUCUGGACCUGACCUCGCUCAUUGCAGAGGAGAAGGGUAUGUCGGUGGACUUGGCCGCCUUUGAGGAGGAGAAGAAGGCAGCACAGAUAAAGUCCCAGGGUAGAGGCGCGGGAGACCAGGACCACAUCAUGUUGGACAUCUAUGCCAUCGAAGAGCUGAGAAACAAGAAGAUACCCUCCACAGAUGACUCUCCCAAAUACAAGUACACCUCUGAUGAAAACGGCAGCUAUGAGUUUCAGCAGGCCUCUGCCACAGUUCUGGCUCUGCGCUGUGAUCGCACUUUCUGCAAUGAAGUGACCACAGGUCAGGAGUGCGGUGUGGUGCUGGACCAAACGUCUUUCUAUGCUGAGCAGGGUGGACAGACGUUUGAUGAGGGCUACAUGCUACGAGAGGAUGACAACACAGAGGAUAGAAUGGAGUUCACAGUGAAGAAUACACAAGUUAGAGGAGGUUAUGUUCUCCAUGUGGGGACCAUCUAUGGAACCCUGAAGGUUGGAGACCGCGUCACCCUACAUGUAGAUGAGGCUCGUCGAAGACCCAUCAUGAGCAACCACACUGCCACGCACAUCCUCAACUUUGCCCUGCGGAAGGUUUUGGGAGAGGCAGACCAGAGGGGCUCCCUGGUUGCCCCUGACCGCUUGCGCUUCGACUUCACUGCUAAAGGUGCAAUGACCACAGAGCAGAUUCGCCAGACUGAGGAGAGCGCUUGUGACAUGAUAAGAGAUGCUAAGCCGGUGUACGCUAUGGAAGCCCCCCUUGCAAACGCCAAGGCCAUUAAUGGUCUGCGUGCUGUGUUUGAUGAAACCUACCCUGACCCUGUCCGAGUUGUCUCUAUCGGUAUCCCUGUUCAGGAGUUGCUGGCUGACCCCAGCAGUCCUGCUGGUUCCCUCACUUCCAUAGAGUUCUGCGGAGGAACCCAUCUGCAGAACUCGGGUCAUGCUGCACCAUUUGUCAUUGUGUCAGAGGAGGCCAUUGCUAAGGGCAUCCGCCGCAUUGUUGCUGUGACAGGAACAGAGGCCCAGAAGGCCCAGAGGAAAGCUCAUGCCCUGCACCAGAUUCUGUCUGCACUAGGAGAUAAGGUGAAGCAGCAAACUGCCCCGAACAAGGACAUUCAGAAAGAGAUCGCUGACAUGACAGAGUUAAAUGGCACAGCAGUGAUCUCCCAGUGGCAGAAGGAUGAGAUGAGAGAAACCUUGAAGGGCCUGAAGAAGAUCAUGGACGAUCUGGACCGCAACUGCAAGGCCGACAUCCAGAAGAGAGUCCUGGAAAAGACCAAGGAGGUGAUCAAAAGCAGCCCCAACCAGCCGCUGCUCGUCAUGGAGAUGGAGACCGGAGCCUCACCGAAGGCUCUGAAUGAGUCACUGAAGCUGCUGAAGUCAAACUCUCCUCAGACAGCUGUGAUGCUCUUCACUGUAGAUCCUGAUGCCGGCAAGAUUACCUGCCUGUGUCAGGUCCCACAGGAUGUGGCCAACCGUGGUCUGAGGGCCAGUGCAUGGGUUCAGGAGUUGUGCCCCCUGCUAGAUGGCAAAGGAGGUGGCAAGGACUUGUCCGCCCAAGCCACGGGCAGGAACAUGCAGUGCUUGCAGGAGGCGCUACAGAUGGCAAACGAGUUUGCCCGGCUCAAACUGGGAGAGAACUAGAGUGAGGGGUGGAGAGAGGAAGUGAUAUUGUGAAUGGGAAUAAGGUCAAGGAUUCCUGAGUCUUAACAGAGUUAGAAAUCUAACACUGCUUUCUUUGCUCCAUUUCCCCCUUCUGUUCUUAUGUUUUGGGUCAGAAAAGAUUAGAAAACAAAACUCCUGGUUUGUCCUUCCAUUGAUAGAUGACCACUGACACACCCUGCAGUCAAUGAGUCAUUUUUUAUUGAUUAAGAAUGUGGUGGCUGUCCCUUCCCAGUAAAAUUCAUCUCUGUGGGAAAUGCUUGACUGUAUACAAAGGGCCUGUGAAGCAGUUAAAAAGCACAGUGGGUGAUUCUGAGGAAUUUAUUUUAGUGUGUGUCCACUUUCUUGCAUGUGUACAGAUGAAAUGAGAAAGGAUGUUUCAUUAGAUUUGGAUUUAGUCUCCUACAACUACUGUACCACUCAUGAAGCAACAGCACCUGUAGUUUCCAUCUCAGGCUCCUGUUGAGCACAAAGCUGUCUCUUGAUAAAUGUCUAUCCCACCUCUGUGUUUGUUUCAUGUAACUGUAGUUGUGUUAACUGACAAACAACCCCCACAGUACUUUGUUUCCCACUUGUUCAGGGCUGCUAUAAUCUGCAAAACCUCUAACUUUUGGCUUCCUAUACCACUUAAGAUCAGCCUGGAAAAGAAAAGUGAGAAGUCAGAUUUAUGUACAAUAUCCACAGCAUGUCCUUUGUUGGCUGCCGGAUUUGAUCUGAUCUCUGAACACUGGCUUCAUGCAUUUGUGUGAGUGAAGGCUUGAGUUUAUGUCCUGAAACUGGUCGGCGCUUAUGUAUACGCACUGUGGCUGUAAUCAAUGGGCUUAAUUUAAUAAAUUGAUUCGUUUAGUGUAUAAAACGAUCAGGAACAUGUCCAGUAAUUAAUCAGUGUAACUUCAUUUCCCUGCCAUUUAACUUUGAUUAAAUGUAUAAUGUUGAAAACAUCUUUCACCAUUGUGGCUGUUUCAUGUCAGAGAAAUGUCAGGUUAUGGGAAGAGAAUAAAUAUACCUUUUAAAUGCCA